AUGUGGAUGGUGUCGCCGCCGGUCGAUGAAGGAUCUGCCUGGCUUUGGGACACGGCAAAGGCGGGGGGUAUUUUCCAGUCCACCAAGAAGCUGGUGCUGAGCGAGCAAGCAGGACGGGGACAGGCACUGGAAUUCCUCCGUAAAAACGUGGCCAACGGGCUCUCCGUGGCCAACCUCCUGGCUGGGCUUUCCUCCAUCCUCUGCAGCGUAAACAGGCAGUACCAGUACUCCUGCUGGCUCCUGCUCCUGGGCUUCCUGCUGGAUCUGGCUGACGGGGCUGUGGCUCGGCAGCUUGAUGCCUGCUCAGCACUGGGUGCCAAGCUGGAUGAUUUCGCCGAUUUCACCACGUUUGGGCUGGGCACGGCGCUGUUGCUGCAGCCCCAGGGUGUGCUGGGGGGACUGCUGACCCUUGCCUAUGUGCUGGCUGUCUUUGCCCGCCUCUGCUUCUUCUCCAGCGGGAUCCCCUUCACCUACCGGGGGCUGCCCUGCCCCUACGCCUCAGCGCUGCUGGCCAGCACCUUCCUGCUCACUGGAGGACAUGUGGCCCUGCUCCGUGUCGCCGCGGCUGCCAUGAUCCUGUUCAUGGCCGACUGCGGCUUCUACCCCCACGACAGGGUGCUGGAGUCACAGCUCUGGAAGAAAUUGGUUUAUGCUGGAGGGGUGUUGGCUGUCCUGCUGGCACCGAUGGCGGUGGCUGCGGUUUAUUGCCUGGCCUGGUCCACGUCCUACAUCAUCUUCCCCUAUGCCCUCUGGAGCUGCAAGGCCUGA